AUGCCCGUGGAGGAGGGAGAUAAUGAUCUCCUGACUGGCCAAGAUGGCCAGCAUGAGAAUGAAUCAAAUCCCCUGCUAUCUCCUACCAUCGAAGAUGAGGAAGACCUUAUCGCCCACCCAGAUCCGGCCGUUUCACCCUCAGGUCCCGCCGACAACCGUACCCGAGCGAAUCACCAAUCCUCGAUAUCCCAGCCUGCGCCUGAUGGACAUCCUCGCACACCCCGAACGAUGAACCGGGUUCGUUUUGUGGAAGAGUCGCCGGAGGAGGAUGACCAGCAUUCAGACAGCCGGGCCCACAGUCCCGAAGACGCGCUAUGGAUCGACGACGAAGAUUACGAGCUCGGCGACCACUCCGGGUCCGCGAAUCGCAAUGGCGGACAGUCUGUGCCUCUUCUUACAGAUAUUGAAGCUCCCAGCGUGACCCUAGCGACUUCGGACGACUUCUUUCCCGAAGACCAUCUUGAAAACGCGCGUCCACGAAGCGGGAUGAAGAUGGCGUUCAUGAACAUGGCUAAUAGCAUCAUCGGAGCCGGCAUCAUCGGUCAGCCAUAUGCACUGCGCCAGGCAGGUCUUACGAUGGGAAUCCUGCUGUUGACAGCAUUGACCGUGACGGUGGACUGGACUAUCCGAUUGAUCGUUAUAAAUUCGAAGCUGAGCGGAGCCGACUCUUUCCAAGCUACCAUGCAGUACUGUUUUGGGAGGAGCGGACUCAUUGCUAUAUCAGUUGCGCAGUGGGCGUUUGCGUUCGGUGGUAUGGUCGCGUUUUGUAUCAUCGUGGGUGAUACGAUCCCACACGUUUUUGCCGCUCUCUUCCCCUCGUUGCGCAACAUGUCUUUCCUGUGGCUGUUGACUGAUCGACGAGCUGUGAUUGUCCUAUUCGUGCUCUGCAUCUCGUAUCCGCUCUCACUAUACCGGGACAUUGCCAAGUUGGCGAAAGCAUCGGCCCUCGCGCUGGUCAGCAUGGUCGUGAUCGUUGUGACGGUCAUCACUCAAGGAUUCCGUGUGCCAAGUGAGUCGAGGGGGGAUAUCAAAAACAUUGUCAUUGUGAAUUCGGGCUUCUUUCAAGCCGUGGGUGUUAUAUCAUUUGCCUUUGUUUGCCAUCACAACAGUCUUUUGAUCUAUGGAUCUCUGAAGAGACCCACACUAGAUCGGUUUGCCACCGUCACCCACUAUUCGACUGCCGUAUCCUUGUGCAUGUGCCUAGCAAUGGGGGUAGCAGGCUUUCUAUCUUUCGGGUCGAAGACACAAGGCAAUGUGCUCAACAACUUUCCUUCUGACAACAUCAUGGUCAACAUCGCCCGACUAUGCUUUGGCUUGAACAUGCUGACCACGCUUCCUCUGGAAGCCUUCGUUUGCCGAUCCGUCAUGACAACUUACUACUUCCCAGAUGAACCCUUCAACCCCAACCGGCACUUGAUCUUCACAACAGCUCUGGUUGUCACUUCAAUGGUACUAGCAUUGAUAACCUGCGAUCUAGGCAGCGUGUUCGAAUUGAUCGGAGCAACUAGUGCUGCUGCCCUGGCAUAUAUCUUCCCCCCGCUCUGCUGGAUCAAACUCAGCAGCGCCACGCGGCGGGAGAAGAUACCCGCAUAUCUAUGUGUUGGAUUCGGGCUUGUUGUUAUGGGUGUGAGUGUGGUGCAGGCUGUUGCGAAGAUGAUUCGGAACGACGGCGAAGGCGGUUCUUGUGCGGCUCCUUGA